ACCCCCGCGCGCCAUAGUGACUGUAGUCGUGGAGACAGUUACUUACCAACGGGAGCAACACGCAGCAACAGCAGCAGCAGCAACAGCAACGGAAAGCGAGUAAGAGAGAGCAGCCAGGGCAGAACUUAACACAAGGCAAAGAGUCCAGCAUGCAGAGCUCAGAGGGAGGGUCUGACUCCACGUCCAGCGUGGCGCUGCGCACAUCCACCUCCGCCCAGGCCCCUGUGGUGCAGCCCGUCCCCGCCUCCCAGCAGAGGGUGCUGGUCCAGGCCACGGGGUCGGCCCAGAAGGGAGCGCAGGUCCAGCAGCUGCCCAGGGUGCAGCAGGUCCCCCAGCAGGUGCAGCAGGUCCAGCAUGUGUAUCCCUCCCAGGUGCAGUACGUUGAGGGAGGGGAGGUGGUCUACACCAACGGAACCAUCCGGACCGCCUACUCCUACAACCCGGAGGCUCAGCUGUACGGGCAGAGCAGCGGGGCGACGUACUUCGACUCGCAGGCGGGGGGCGCCCAGGUGACCACGGUGGUGUCGUCGGCGAGCGGCGUGCCCCCUCACGGCAUGGUGGGCGUCGCCAUGGACGUGGGGGGCAGCCAGAUCAUCUCCAGCGGCGGCGCCUACCUCAUCCACGGGGGUGGCAUGGAGAGCAACCGGCACCACGCCUCCCAUUCCUCCCGCUCCUCCUCCGCAAUGCUUGAAAUGGCGAUUGAAAACCUCCAAAAGUCUGAGGGGAUUACAACACACAAAAGCAGCCUGCUCAACAGCCAUUUGCAGUGGCUGCUGGAUAACUAUGAGACGGCCGAGGGGGUGAGCCUGCCUCGCAGCUCCCUCUACAACCACUACCUGCGGCACUGCCAGGAGCAGAAGCUGGACCCGGUCAACGCCGCCUCCUUCGGCAAGCUCAUCCGCUCCGUCUUCAUGGGCCUGCGGACCCGCCGCCUGGGCACCAGAGGGAACUCAAAGUACCACUACUAUGGCAUCCGGCUGAAGCCAGACUCUCCACUAAACCGGCUGCAGGAGGACUCCCAGUACAUGGCUAUGAGACAACAGCCUGUGCACCAGAAACAGAGGUUCAAGCCUCUGCAGAAGGUGGACGGCAUGGGGGACGGCCUGUCCGGGGGCUCCCAGCACUCCUCCAGCACGCCCGAGCAGUCGGUGGCCGCUCAGAGCCAGCACCACCAGCAGUACAUUGAUGUGUCCCACGUCCUGCCCCCGUUCCCCUCCCCGGACCUGGGCUCCCACCCCCUGCCCGAGCGCAUCACCCUGGGAGAUGUGAAGAAGCUGCAGGGCCUGUACAGAGACCACUGUGAGGCCACUCUGGACGUGGUGAUGAACCUCCAGUUCCACUACAUCGAGAAGCUGUGGCACACCUUCUGGUGUUCAACAGCGCCAUCUAGUGACGGAGCCACUCCUCUGCCUAACAGCGAGGAAGAGACGGAGGGGGUCAUCCCGAGGGAGAAGCUGGUGGCUCUGUGCAAGUAUGAGCCGGUCAAGCUGUGGAUGCGGAGCUGUGACCACAUCCUGUAUCAGGCGCUGGUGGAGAUCCUCAUCCCGGACGUGCUGCGCCCCGUCCCCAGCACUCUCACUCAGGCCAUUCGCAACUUUGCAAAGAGUCUGGAGGGCUGGCUGACCACCGCCAUGAGCGACUUCCCCCAGGAGAUCGUCCGCACCAAGGCGGCCGUGGUGAGCGCGUUUGCGCAGACGCUGCGCAGGUACACGUCCCUGAACCACCUGGCGCAGGCGGCCCGCGCCGUGCUGCAGAACACCUCGCAGAUCAACCAGAUGCUCAGCGACCUCAACCGCGUGGACUUCGCCAACGUGCAGGAGCAGGCCUCGUGGGUGUGCCAGUGCGACGAGGGCGUGGUGCAGCGGCUGGAGCAGGACUUCAAGGUGACGCUGCAGCAGCAGAGCUCCCUGGACCAGUGGGCCGCCUGGCUGGACAACGUGGUUAACCAGGUGCUCAAGCCCCACGAGGGGAGCCCCAGCUUCCCCAGGGCAGCACGCCAGUUCCUGCUCAAGUGGUCCUUCUACAGCUCGAUGGUGAUUCGAGACCUGACCCUGCGUAGUGCCGCCAGCUUCGGCUCCUUCCACCUGAUCCGCCUGCUGUACGACGAGUACAUGUUCUACCUGGUGGAGCACCGCGUCGCCCAGGCGACCGGCGAGACGCCCAUCGCCGUCAUGGGAGAGUUCAGUGAUCUCAACUCGAUGAUGCCCAUGCUCAUGGAGAAAGACCCGUCCUUCUCAGAUGACAUGAGCGACCUGGGCAGCGACGGCGACGUGUCCCGGGGGCCCAACGAGCCGGCCGUCAAGAGGGAGCGCAUCGAGAUCAACCACUCGCUGCAGGAGAUCUGAGGAGGAUUGGGAGGGCCCCGUCCACGGCCCCGGGACCCCCUGACGGCAGGUGGCGGUCCGGCACGGCGGCGGGGUGCGCGGUGUACAUACAGGAGAGAGGUGUUCUCCUCAGCCCCCCCCGUAGCCACAGUUACAGGC